AUGGAAGUUUUCAACCAGCGACUAGAACAAGAAUAUAAUGCUUCUGUUAUUUUGACAACCCCUACUGUUCCAUAUAAGGCUGUUCUUUCAUCAGCAAAAUUGAUAAAGGAAUACAGAGAAAAGGAAAUUACAAUCAUCAAUCCUGCACAGUUCCCUGAUAAGUCAAAAGUAACAGAAUAUUUGGAGCCAGUUGUUUUGGGCACCAUUAUCACACCAGAUGAAUAUACUGGGAAAAUAAUGAUGCUUUGCCAGGAUCGAAGAGCAGUUCAGAAGAAUAUGAUGUUUAUUGAUCAAAAUAGAGUAAUGCUUAAAUAUCUCUUCCCUUUGAAUGAAAUUGUGGUGGAUUUUUAUGAUUCUUUGAAAUCUCUGUCUUCAGGAUAUGCUAGUUUUGAUUAUGAAGAUGCAGGCUACCAGACUGCAGAACUUGUAAAAAUGGAUAUUCUACUGAAUGGAAAUAUUGUAGAAGAGCUAGUAACUGUUGUACACAAAGGUAAAGCAUACUCUGUUGGCAAAGCCAUAUGUGAACGUCUGAAGGAUUCUCUUCCUAGGCAGCUGUUUGAGAUAGCAAUUCAAGCUGCUCUUGGAAGUAAUAUCAUUGCAAGAGAAACUGUGAAAGCCUAUAGGAAAAAUGUUUUGGCAAAAUGUUAUGGUGGUGAUAUUACCUGA